AUGGUGCAGUCUGAUGUUCCACGAACUAGAACAAAAUCAGGUAAAGUUAAUGCAAGAUGGUAUUUACAAAGAUUAAGAUCAUCGGCUGCUGCUAAUCGUUAUAAUUAUUUUAAUAAUUCUAUUGAUAAUAAUAAUAAAAUAAAUGAAUAUGAUACAAUACGAGUUGUACGUGGAAGUACAGCAACACAAGGUCAACAUAUUCCAAGAAUUUAUCUUAAAUCACCAACAAAAUCAUUUUAUAAAGAAUCAAUUAAACAGAAAUAUUCUAAUAAUCAUUGUUCAACAACUUCAAUUAAUAUACCUUCAGCUACAUCUUUUAAAACAACAUCAACUAGAAAUAAAAAAUCUCCUUCAUUAAAUGAAUUUAAUUCAAAUAGUUAUCAAUCAGUAAUAACAACAACAACAACAACAACAGCAACAACAAUUAGAAAAGAUUAUCAAGAUAAUUUAUCUGAACGUCGAACAUCAUCAGGUACAAUAAUAUCUCUAAAAGAUGAUUUAAUAGCUCGUCCACCAAGUACACCUGUUGAUCCAAGAUGUCAUAGAGCUUAUUCGUCAACAACAAAUCCUAUUGAUCGUGAAACAUGUAUUUUACUUGGACCACAAUUAUGUUCAGAUUGUAUUGAAAUAAAAACACGAGCGAAUUUAUCACCAGAACGUUUACCACCUAGUUUAAUACAUCAACGUUUAUCAGCAUUAGCUAUAAGACGUUUUUUAAAAAAUGAACAAAAUUUAAGUGAUGAUGAUUUAUUAAAAAUGGUUAAUAAUCAAAAAAUUCAAAUGACAAAUAAAUAUUCAAAUGAAUUAAAUUCGUCAAUUAUGUCUGAUGAUGAAUAUUUUGAUCGUUUAUCAUCGUCACUUAGUCAAAAUCUAGGUGAAAGAGGAUUUUAUUUCAAAAAUUUAAAAGAUUUUUCUCUAAAAUAUCAAUCAAAUAAAUAUAAUCGUUUAUUAUUAAGUGAAACUCCAUCUCCUCAAUCAUCAAAUCCUGUUCAACUAUAA